AUGGCUGCCAACAACAUGGUCAACCCCGCUGUGGAUCCCAGUGUCGAGGACGACCUCUUCCAGAAGGAGGUCGACCAAGUGAAGCAGUGGUGGAGCGAGCCGCGAUGGAGAAACACCAAGCGGCCCUUCACUGCCGAGCAGAUCGUUUCCAAGAGAGGCCACCUCAAGAUUGAGUACCCGAGCAACGCCCAGUCCAAGAAGCUGUUCGACAUUCUCGAGAAGCGCUUCAAGAACAGGGACGCCAGCUACACUUACGGCUGUCUGGAGCCCACAAUGGUCACCCAGAUGGCCAAGUACCUCGACACCGUCUACGUCUCUGGCUGGCAGUCAUCCUCGACCGCCUCCGCCUCGGAUGAACCUGGCCCGGAUCUGGCAGAUUACCCCUACCCCUCGCAGACGACCGUCCCUAACAAGGUCGCCCAUCUGUUCAUGGCCCAGCUCUUUCACGACCGGAAGCAGCGACAAGAGCGCCUGAGCGUCCCGAAGGAGGCCCGCGCCAAGCUCGCCAAUGUCGACUACCUCAGACCCAUCAUCGCCGACGCCGAUACCGGCCACGGCGGUCUGACCGCCGUCAUGAAGCUCACCAAGCUCUUCAUUGAGAAGGGCGCCGCCGGCAUCCACAUCGAAGACCAGGCCCCCGGCACCAAGAAGUGUGGCCACAUGGCCGGCAAGGUCCUCGUGCCGAUCCAGGAGCACAUCAAUCGCCUCGUCGCCAUCCGCGCCCAGGCCGACAUCAUGGGCUCCAACCUCAUCGCUGUCGCCCGCACCGACGCCGAGGCUGCCACCCUCCUCAGCACGAACAUUGACCCCCGCGACCACGCCUUCAUCCUCGGUUCCACCAACCCCAGCCUCCAGCCCCUGAAUGACCUUAUGAUCGCCGCCGAGCUGGCCGGCAAGAACGGCGAGCAGCUCCAGGCCAUUGAGGACAACUGGCUCAAGCAGGCCAAUCUCAAGCGCUUCGACGAGGCCGUCGUCGAUGCCAUCAAGGCCAGCCCCCAGCCCAACAAGGACGGCUUGGUCCAGAAGUACCUCUCGGCUGCCAAAGGCAAGAGCAACGUCGAGGCCCGCGCCCUUGCGAAGGGAAUCCUCGGUGCCGACGUUCACUUCGACUGGGACUCCCCGCGCACGCGCGAGGGCUACUACCGCCUCAAGGGCGGCUGCGAUUGCGCUAUCAACCGUGCCAUCGCCUACGCACCUUACUGCGAUGCCAUUUGGAUGGAGAGCAAGCUGCCAGACUUCAAGCAGGCCCAGGAGUUUGCCAAGGGCGUCCACGCCGUGUGGCCCGAGCAGAAGCUCGCUUACAACCUCUCGCCCUCGUUCAACUGGAAGACGGCGAUGCCUCGUGCCGAGCAGGAAACGUACAUCCGCCGCCUCGCGUCGCUCGGCUACUGCUGGCAGUUCAUUACGCUCGCUGGCCUGCACACGACGGCGCUCAUCAGCGACAAGUUUGCCAAGGCGUACAGCCAACAGGGUAUGCGGGCGUACGGCGAGCUCGUGCAGGAGCCCGAGAUGGACUCGGGCGUCGAUGUAGUCAAGCAUCAGAAGUGGAGCGGUGCGACGUACGUCGACGAGCUGCAGAAGAUGGUCACGGGCGGUAUCAGCAGUACCGCUGCCAUGGGAAAGGGCGUAACGGAGGACCAGUUUCAUUAG